CGGCGGCAUCGGCGGGCUGCGACGUGUUUUUACGCCAUGCCCUUAUCAAACCUAGAUUUAAUAGCGCGAGUCAAAGACAAUCCAUCGAUAUGGAUGUCUACGCACUCUCUACAUAAGAACCGAGUCGUCCUGAACAGGUUUUGGCAAGGUCUAGCAGAGGAAUUCGAGGAAAAUGAAACUAAACUAAGAAAGCGUUGGAAACAUUACAAAGAUCAAUUCAGAAAGGAGUUCAAGAAAGCUCAGAAGAAUUCAUUAUCAGAUUCAAACGUCCCUUGGAUGUAUUACAAGCCGUUGUGUUUCUUAAAAGAGGAUUUAGUACGCAAAGAAGUAAAGAACGUGGCCCGGCCAGGUCGAGGUAUUAAGAAACUAGUGAGUAAUCAAUUAAGUAUCAUAUUGAAGAGGGUAGCAGAGACAAAAUGCUUGGUUGAAGAGAGAUUGACAGAUCUUUAUGCGCAAAAUAAGAAUGACCCCGACUUUCUGUUCCUAAUGAGCCUGAUGCCUUCUAUAAAACAGCUAACGGACAUACAGAAGCUGAAUUUCAAAGUCAAAAUUAACGAUUGGCUGCUGCAAGAGAUCACUCUUAAUACUUACGGGGAAAACUCAGAUGAAUACAUCGUUAAUGGUAUAAAACAGGAACAUUGAAAACAGUGAUUAUUGCAAUUAAUAAUUAUUAAUAUCAUAUAAUAUGAGAUUUAUUAUUAACGUAAUGCUGUUUCAUUAUAAAGCGUAAUGUAAUGAUUCUCUUGGAAAAAUGUUUAUUAAUGUAUACCUGACUAUUCUUAGUUCUGUUUAGGAUUGACGAAAAUAUUAGCUUAAGGUUAAUGUUAAUAUUGCUUAUAUUAAAAUAUUUAAAAAUAUAAUUUCAGUAUUUCUCUGUGUUGCAUCUAAUAGCAUACCGUUAUGCCGUAAGCAUCCCUAUGUUAUUAAAAUCUUCAUUACCGAGCUCUAAACGCCGGUUUUAAGACAUUGCCAUCUCAGAGAUCCCGGGUUCGAUUAAUGAUUUUCUGUAUUUUUUGUU